AUGCGUCUCCCCAGCGACUCGUGGGCCAUACCCGGCAAUUCGGCCAUCAUGCUCGGAGAAUCGCAGCCUCGGCCCAAGACCUACCUCAACUACUUUUGCUGCGUCUUGCCGGCGCGGGCCUGUGGAGCCGCAUUCACUUGGGAGACUUCGCGAAAGUUUUGGUACAGCUUGUUGACCGUCUCUAUCCUCAGCGCCAAAACACUGCACAUUUACGCCCAUGCCGACUCGAUCAAGCUGCGCGACUUGAUUCUGUGGGGUCCGACGUUCUUUGUGCAGGAUCUCCUGUUCUUACUCUUCGCCUUUGCGCUCGCUCAUAACUUUCAGCGCAAAUGGUUUCGAUAUGUGACUGCGACUGCGACGAUUGCCGGAGCACUUGCUCUCUCUACAAUGUCCGCCGCAAACAUCUCCUUCUUUUUCACUACCGGAGCCGAAAUUCACUGGCGGCAAGCUGGAGGUUUCAACCGUGACCCAGCUUCGAUCAACACCCUCAUGACCGGCCUGACGGGUCUCGCCAUCGUGGACACACUGUUCUUUGUGGGGGCAGCGCUGAUGACCCCGUGGAUCUACAACGGAGUGGAUGCGAUGAUCUCCAUUUGGGGCGCUACGAUUAAGGCCAUUGUGCAGCCGGUGGCUCCUUAUGCCAAAGCCGGCCUUCGCAAGGUGCUCAACCGCUGGGGUAAAGGUCGCGAUGUGUUUGAGAGGCUGAAGCUGUAUGAAGCAGUGCCCCUGAGCGAUUAUGAUGAGGCGGACGACAAGACGACCACGAGCGGGGCUCCCUUGUUGAACCAUCCCUCUCAGGCCUUUGACAAUCUCCGUCAUCAAGGUGCCCACUGGGCUAGCAACGUCAACUGGAAGCUUUGGCUAACUCGCGCUCUGAUCAUCGUGCCAACGCUAUAUGUGUUCAUUGUGCGCAUAUGUCGUCCUUCUAUCUCCUCAUAUGGUUUCCUCUCGCAAACCGUCAUCGUCACUCCCUUUGUCAGCGUUGCCGCCGAGAGCGCGCUGGCCAAGGCCUUCCCCGAGCGUGAACUGUACGGCAAGACUACAGCGUUGACCGCAGUGCCUGUAUUUGACUGGGUCCCGAAAGGCAAAUAUCCCGGCUUCCGGGAUUGGGAAGACCGAUCUCGCUACUCUCACUACAACUCGACCGAGGACCCUCUGCACAUCUCCAACUUGGAUCUGGAGAUCCUGGCCCCAAUCAAGAAGGCACUGGACAGCGGCGAUGUGAAGAUCAAGCACAUCUUUGUGUUCAAGAUGGAAAGCACUCGGUACGAUGUAUUCCCACUGAGAAACAGCUCCUAUCUCUGGAAUCGCCUGGAGACCUCAUACAAGGGAAACAAAUUCCCCCACGACGUCCAGGAUCGCUUGGUCAACUUGACUCGCACUGCGGAACGACUGACCGGACAAUCAUCCGGGUUCCACCGAAACGAGACGAUCAAGCCCUACGGCGGGAUCAACAUGCACAACUCUUACACUGGCGGCACCUUCACGCUCAAGAGCAUCGAGGCAACCACUUGCGGUGUGGAGCCCCUGGUUGUGGAUUUCAACCACGAAUAUGAGCACCACAUCUACCAACCGUGCAUGCCGCAUAUCCUCGACAUGCUGAGCACAUUGACCAACAACAGUCACAGCAAGGACUUUACUCAUUGGCCCUGGCGCCCCGCGUUCAUGCAAUCUAUUACCGACACCUACGACCACCAGGAUCGCCUCACUCCCGCGCUCGGAUUCAAGCCCGAGAACAUCGUCACUGUGGAAUCGAUUGACCAGGAACACGCCAACGACACCUCCUGGACGGCUGAAAAGUUCAAUUUCUGGGGAUACCCGGACUCGGCUCUCGCCAGCUACUUCAGGACGGCUAUCGAAAAGGCUGAGCGCGAUCACGAGCGUCUCUUCUUGACUCAUUUGACCGGCAUCACACACCACCCGUGGGAUACCCCGGGUCACAAGUAUGAGGAGUUGAUUGGCCCGCAGAAGAACGUCUUUGGCGGUGGUAAUGAUGAUUUGAACCGCUACCUCAACACUAUCGGUGUGAACGACCGCUGGUUCGAGACUUUCCUGGAUAUUCUGGAGGAGACGGGUGUUGCCAAUGAGACGCUCGUUGUUAUGACAGGAGACCAUGGUAUCUCUCUGGUGGAAGACGGAAACGUCACUCCGUACGACAACCCUCUGGAAACCAAUUUCCACGUGCCCUUGGUCUUUGCCAAUCCUCGUCUUCCCGUUCUCCAACUCAAUGCCUCUGUCACCUCCAUCCAGAUUCUGCCCACCAUCCUCGAUCUCUUGAAGCACUCUGGCUCUCUGGACAAAAAGGGCAGCCGCGCUGUCAGCGACCUGUUGCCCAUGUACGAGGGGCAAUCUAUUCUCCGACCCAUCAUUACACACAACGACCAGACGCCCUGGUAUCAGUUCACGGUCAUGAACACCGGUGGCUCCCUCGUCGCCAUGCGAGCGGCUAAUGCCCCGUACCGUCUCGUUGUCCCGCUUGUUCCCGAGGUGGAAUUCCGAUUCACCGACCUCAGCCGGGAUCCCCGCGAGGUUCAUCCCAUCAAGGCCUUUGACUUUGAAUCUCUUCAAAAGGCCGUCAAGGCCACUCAUGGCGAAGAGACAGCCCAGUGGCUGCACGACGCCGCCCGGGCGGCUCAGUGGUGGGUGACCGACAACUGGCACCGCUACGAGUUCAAUCCCUUGGCGCCCAAAAAGCCACACGAGUCGUGGCCCAGCUCUCACGAUGGUCACUAA